AUGGUCAUUCUUGCAAACGACGAGCAAAUUCGAUCAGUCACUUUACGUACUCUCAACAAUGGAUUCCCGGGCAGCCAUCCAAAUGCUUCGAUCACUGUUCCCUUGCCUUCGCUGGACAAACAAGCGAAAGAAUCUCUUCACGAUUCACUCAUAUCAUUUUAUGGAGUGCAAUUCAUCCCGCAACUGGGAAGCACUCGUCGUUUCCACGGUUCGCUCGAGAGCAACCGA